CACAAACACACUCAUUCACUACUUCCUCUAAGCCAAACAAGGAACUACCUAUCUCCUACUACGUACACAAUACUGUCCAUACUAUUACAUUAAGAGAGCUAAGAUGGGAAGAGCUCCAUGUUGUGACAAGGCUAAUGUGAAGAAAGGGCCUUGGUCACCUGAAGAAGAUGCAAAGUUGAAAGACUUCAUUGAAAAAUUUGGAACUGGUGGGAAUUGGAUUUCUCUCCCUCAGAAAGCUGGACUGAAGAGAUGUGGGAAGAGCUGCAGAUUGAGGUGGCUAAAUUAUUUGAGGCCAAAUAUAAAGCAUGGAGAAUUCACUGAUGAGGAGGAUAGAAUCAUCUGCACAUUGUAUGCUACCAUUGGCAGCAGGUGGUCAAUAAUAGCAGCACAGUUACCAGGAAGGACAGACAAUGAUAUCAAAAACUAUUGGAAUACCAAGCUUAAGAAAAAAUUAAUGGGGGUGAUGCUUUUCCCUCCCUCAUCUUCAUCUUCUUCUUACAACAAGAGAAGAAGAUCACCUGUUUUUUCUGCACCAACUAACUUUCCCACAAACCUUGUUUCUUUUCAACCACUCCCUCAACAAUCCCUUUUCUCAUUUUACUCCCCAAUUCCCACAAACAACUCUCCACUAUUUCCCUCCCUGGACUCCCUCUCUCCUAUCCAAACCCCAGCUUUCAUGUGUGACAACAACUUUAUUUCCCUUGGAGCUCCUCCACCAAGUUGUAAUGUACACCAAGCCCAAACCCAGGGUUUCUUCACCCCCACCAUGCAAUACACCACCACCACCUCCACCACCGCUGCCACCACCAACAAUGGUAACGACAACGAUAACAACUGGAAUUACAAUAAUAUCCUCAUGUUUGGAAGAACAGCUGAAGCCAGCACGGGUUCGUCUUCUUCGAGUGCAGCUGACAUCGCCAAGCAAGAAACCGACGAUCUCCUCGCAAGCUGUUUCCAAGGACAAACAAAUGUUCCUAGUAUAUUUGAUGAAGACCAGAAGUUCUUUGACACUGUUAAUGCCGUUAUGAAUACUAAUAAUAGUAAUAGUAACAGUAAUGAUGAUAACAGUAGUUAUAACAAGCUAGUGGAAAGAGAUCUUGAGAUUGUUGCGGAGCUGGUGAGUGGCAGUAAUGAGUGUCAUGAAAUGCUGAAUAAUAACAGUAACAAUGACGGCUUUUAUUUCUUCAAUGAUGAUGAAAGCAAAAUAGAGCAUCAGAUGGGGAUGUACUACUGCUACAACUGACUCAGUCACUGGAAAGUGAAAGCAGUACAAACCAAAUAUAGAGGUUAUUUUGCAGAGAAAGGCCGCCGGCCUGGCUUCUUUGCAGAUCCUUUAGUUCAUCUGUUUAGAACCUUUCUUUAUUAAGAUCACGAGAAUGGACUUUCAGGUUUUCAGCUCCAGCCAUGCAGUACCAACUAGAUUAUUAUAUUAGCAACUUAAUUUGCUACUUUUUUUAAUUAAUUAAUAUUACUACUAUUAUUAGUUCAUCUGUUUAGAAGUUUUCUUUUUUAAGAUCAAGAGAAUGGACUUUCAGAUCCAGCCAUGCAGUAGCAACUAGCUUAUUAUUUUAGAAAACUAAU